GUUUUUGAAAGGCCCUAAUUUAAAACCCUUGUUACGAUAGCUACUUCGCGGCAGAGAAAGGAGAAACCAGAAAGGAGAAACCAGAAAGGACGCAGAGACUUACUGCUUCAGCGAUCGUGAAAUGGCGAUUUACAAAUUCCAUCAAUACCAGGUGGUCGGAAGAGGUCUCCCGUCGGAGACUGUUGAGCAGCCAAAGAUCUACCGCAUGAAGCUAUGGGCCACUAAUGAGGUCCGUGCGAAGUCCAAGUUCUGGUAUUUUUUGAGGAAGCUGAAGAAGGUGAAGAAAUCCAAUGGCCAGGUCCUUGCAAUCAAUGAGAUCUUUGAGAAGAACCCCACCACUAUCAAGAACUUUGGAAUAUGGUUGAGGUACCAAAGUAGAACCGGCUAUCACAAUAUGUACAAGGAGUUCCGUGAUACCACUUUGAACGGCGCAGUUGAACAGAUGUACACUGAGAUGGCUUCUCGCCACAGGGUCCGCCAACAUUGCAUUCAGAUAAUCAAGACCGCUACUAUCCCAGCAAAGCUAUGCAAAAGAGAGAGCACCAAACAAUUCCAUAACUCCAAGAUCAAGUUCCCUUUGGUGUUGAGGAAGGUGAGGCCACCAUCCAGGAAGCUCAAAACCACCUACAAGGCAUCUCGACCCAAUCUCUUCGUUUAAACCUUUUUGCCUUAAUUUAUUGUUGUCUUGUUGUUUUUCACAUUUUGGAUUUACACUUCGUUUCAUUCAAAACAUGGUUUGGUUAAAGAGGGGAAUGAUUUGUUUCUUUGAUCAGUGAUAGUUUUAUUUUGCUUGCUACAAGUCAUCGUUUAAUUUAUUAUUUAUGAUAAUCUAGUAGCCAGUUCUUCAAAAUAGUAGUA